UGGCGCCUUCUGCGCGUGUGCAGUCCCAGCCCCACCUCCUCGCCUGUCUUCUCUGGACUCCCUGGAAGCGGUUUGGGAACCCGGGAGUCCGCCGGGGAAGUAGAGGGUGUGCACCUAGGAUGCUGUCUGCUAUUGCACGUGUUCAUCACCACAGGAGACCCGGGUGACCAUAUCCCGACCCACCGAAUCUCAGCAUGCUGGUUCAGGGGUGGCUCCCCUGGUCAUCUACUUUGGACUCUUUUGAAAGCUCUAAAGACAUUGGAUGUGAAAGGUUCAGUGACUUUCCUGAGACACUUGGUUUGUGACAGAGCCGGGAGGAGACACAGUGCAGUUCACACUCUCCAGGGAAGCCUCUCCAUACCUGGGUUGCUGAGAUUUGGGGAAGUGAAUCCAGGAACCGUAAGGCAACCAGAUCAUGUGACUCCAUCCUUCACCCUCCCAGCUGAGCCUUCACAAUUCUCUGCAGUCUCCCAGAAGCCACGGAACAUGAAGACUUCUCAGGCAGCCGUGUCAUUCAAGGAUGUGACAGUGGAGUUGACCCAGGAGGAGUGGCGGCACAUGGACCCUGCCCAGCGGACCCUGUACAGAGAUGUGAUGCUAGAGAACUACAGCCACCUGGUCUCCGUGGGAUACUGCUUUACUAAACCAGAACUGAUAUUCACAUUGGAACAAGGAGAAGAUCCAUGGUUAUCAAGGAAAGAAAACAACUUUCUAAGCAAGAGUCCCCCUGGAGACUCCUCACUUGAUAAACUCUCAGAGAAGAGUCCAGAAUAUCAAAACAAACAUUUAUGGCAUUUUUUAUUCACCAAAAAAUCAUUGACUACUGACCAAGAAAUUUCAGAGAAAACAAGCAGACUGGACAUUUUUCCUUCAAGAAGGAUGCCCUGUAAAUGUGACACUGCAGGGACAUCCUCUCUGGGUCUCAGCCCAUUUGCCCCACAUUGUCAGUGUUCGAGAGAAAAGACUCCUGAGCUUAACUUACGUGAGGAAUGGCUCCUCAGUAUCAAGGAUGGCAGCACCAAUAUUGAAGAGAAAUCUUAUGGUUAUGGUAAACAUAUGAAAACCCUCAGUCAUAAGGAAGAACUUAUUCAGCAUCAGAUGGCUCAGAUGGGGCGUCCUUGUGAAUGUAAUGAAAGUGGAAAAGCUCUCCUUGAAAAGGCUACCCUCAUUACAUCUAAGAGUGCCCACCAAAAACUGAAAUUGUAUAAACUGAAUAAAUUUGGGGAUAAUCAAUAUGAUAAAUCAAACUUCAUUGUCUCAAAGAAUAUUCAUCCAGAAAAGAAGAGUCACUGUGUGACUCUUAAUGAAAAUGAAAAUAGUUUCAGUAGGACUAAUCAAAAACUUGACACAGGAGGAAUAUCUAUCAGUCAAAAAUUACUCAUCAGAGAACAUCAGAGAAUUCACAUAGGGUCAAAACACUUUGAAUAUGGAAAAAAUUUGAACCGUAAUUCAACCAUCCCAGUGUAUCAGAAAACUCAUGCAGCAGAUAAAUCUUCUGAGUAUAGUGCAUAUGCAGAGACAUUCAACUACCAGCCAGUGUUUAACGUACAUCAUAGGCCUCCCAUAAGGGUACAACUCUGUGAGUGUAACGAAUGCAGAAAAUCCUGCUGUAUCAAUUCACGCCUGAUUCGGCCUCAGAAGAGUCACACGGGAGAGAAACCAUAUGUAUGUCAUGAAUGUGGGAAAGCAUUCAGUGAGAAGUCACGCCUACGAAAACAUCAAAGAACUCACACAGGAGAGAAACCAUAUAAAUGUGAUGAAUGUGAGAAAGCUUUCAGUGCAAAGUCAGGCCUACGAAUCCAUCAGAGAACUCACACCGGGGAGAAACCCUUUGAAUGUAGUGAAUGUGGGAAAUCCUUCAACUACAAGUCAAUCCUCAUAGUACAUCAAAGAACUCACACGGGGGAGAAGCCCUUUGAAUGUAGUGAAUGUGGGAAAUCUUUCAGCCAUAUGUCAGGCCUAAGGAAUCAUCGGAGAACUCACACAGGGGAAAGACCGUAUAAAUGUGAUGAGUGUGGGAAAGCUUUCAAACUGAAGUCAGGCCUAAGAAAACAUCACAGAACACAUACCGGAGAGAAGCCCUACAAGUGUAAUCAGUGCGGUAAAGCUUUUGGUCAGAAAUCACAGCUCAGAGGACAUCAUAGAAUUCACACAGGUGAGAAACCCUAUACAUGUAAUCAUUGUGGGGAAGCUUUCAGCCAGAAGUCUAAUCUCAGAGUACAUCACAGAACUCACACUGGGGAGAAACCCUAUAAAUGUGAUGAGUGUGGAAAAACUUUCAGGCAGAAAUCAAAUCUCAGAGGACAUCAGAGAACUCACACAGGGGAGAAACCCUAUGAAUGUAAUGAAUGCGGAAAAGCUUUCAGUGAGAAGUCGGUCCUAAGGAAACAUCAGCGAACUCACACUGGGGAGAAGCCCUAUCAUUGUAAUCAGUGUGGGGAGUCCUUCAGUCAGAAAUCAAACCUCAGAGUGCAUCAGAGAACUCACACAGGGGAGAAACCUUAUAACUGUGAUAAAUGUGGGAAAACUUUUAGCCAGAAAUCAAGUCUUAGAGAACAUCAAAAAGCCCACACAGGGGAUUAAGUAUAUAAAUGUAAAGGACAUGGGAAAACUCUGAGCUGGGAAUCAAACCACAUAAUACCUAAAACAUACAAGGAUAUAGCAGACAUUGAAAUUUCUUCUGCACAAUGUCAGUCUUCACCAAAUAUCACAGAAUUUAUAGGACAGAUAUUUUUGAAAUAUAUUGCACAGCCACAGUGCAGAUCUUACUGGAUAUUAGAGAAUUAACCCAGAAAAAAAACAAACUAUAAAGAUAGUGAAUAUGGGAAAUACUCUGUCAAACUCAAUCCUCAGAAAAUUUAUGCUGUGGAAGGCUCUGAAAAAAAAAUGAAUUUGAAAAGUGUGUAUAAGCAGUCAAAAUGUAUUUGUUAUCAGAUAAAUUACACAGUGAGAAAACCUAGAAUGUAGUAUGUCAUAACCUGUAGUCAAAAGCCAGCUUCCUCAGUACAGCAGAAAAUACAUUGAAGAUGGAGACCAGUGUAUCACUGUAUUAAAACACGAUAGAAAAGGUAGGUAAGAUAUAGGAAUUCCUUCUACCGUAAGUCAGCCCUCCGUCUGAUUCACACAGUGGUAAUGCUCGUAUGUCAUAUAAUGACUGUUAAAAUGUUCUCCAAUAACCAUUUCCUUUUCUCCCUCAUGCCACACCUAGUCUAAAUUUCUCAGUCACUCUGUCAUCCAAAUGGGAUUAUAUUGUUAACCUCUGGGUAGUGAAAUGGGAGGGUCAAUGAUAAAUAAGUAUCAUUAAAUACAUCCCUAAGAUUCUCCAUAUUUUCUCCUGUCCCUCAUCAAAAUGGAAUAGAGAUUACCUACAGGGAGACCUUGGUGCUCAUACACUGAAGAUGGAAAAGUACAAGAUGGUAGGUACCAGGGUCAAAGAAUGACUGUGGAAUGGAGUUUUCUCUCCCAUGUACGUAGGCAGACUUUUUACAGUAAGGAGAUGCACUUGUUCUCUGCUGAGGCGAUGCAGGUUUUAGUGUACUUGAUAUUGCUGUAUAUGCACCAACUCUCAGUUGAUAAAACCUAUGAAUAUGACUUCUCUGGAAACAGGACUCAGUGCAUAUCAGAGGUCACAUAGGAGAAACCUGUGACACCAUGCUGAAUGAUCUACUUAUCCACAAUGACCAGUUUAUCCACAACUCUUACUUAUCAGUCAGCUAAGUAUCAGGAGAAGAACUCCAACAUUGCAACACAUAUAGAAAAAUCUCUCACACACACAAAAAAAAGAUUAUUUUCAAUGUGUGAAAGUUUCAGAAAUCAUCAAAUUUUAUUGUCUUUCAAAGUCACUUCAAGGGGGGAAAACUUAUCAAUUUGAGAAAGGUAAGUUAUAGUCUUUAUCAAAAGAUUUUAUCAAGGGGCUGGCGGAUGGUGUGGUGGUUAAG